AUGACCCUUUCCCCGGGGGUACGGCCCGUCGGUGAUUCUUGUCUGUUCGAAUUCAUUAUUCGGUCAACCAACUACACACCACCACCGAAAGUCAGUCGAAUCAAAAUCCAAAUCAUCGGAUCCGACAAGCUAUACAUCACUCAUCGCGAACAUGCUGGGGAGUUUGGCGACCAUCAUGCUUCCAGUGCAGGUGCGAAGAAAAAGGCAGGCUCGAAUUUCCAGCGGUUGCCAUUUGACUGUUGCGCCAUAAGCCUGAAGCCCUUCGAGAUGCCGAUGUGCACCCCCGACGGAUCUACCGUUGAUCUAGUCAAUAUUAUUCCAUAUGUCAAAAAGUACGCUCGCGAUCCUGUCACCGGUUCUCCUUUGGCUUCUAAGGAUCUCAUCAAGUUGAAUUUCUUCAAGAAUGCCGAGGAUAACUACUACGACCCCGUCACGUACAAGGUAUUCAAUGAACAUACCCAUAUCGUAGCCAUCAAGAAAUCAGGCAAUGUGUUUUCGAGGGAGAGCAUCGAUCGACUGAAUAUCAAACCGGGGCAUUGGCAUGACUUAGUGACCGAUGAAAAGUUCUCCAGAGCGGAUAUUAUUACCCUUCAAGAUCCCCACAACAUCGAGAAAAAAGAUCUCUCAAGGUUUGACCAUUUAAAAAAUAACCUCAAAGUACCUAAUGAAGAAAUCGAGGCUCUGAGGAAAGACCCGAUGAGGGGGUUAAAUGUAGCAGCUGCGGGCAGCACGGUCUCGGCGGUGUUGAAAGAACUCGCAAAAGACAAAGAUCCUUCGAAGUCGGCAUCACUCAAUACUACCUCAACUCAACAGGGUCUCGUCCCGGAGUCAUCGAUGUCUUCAUCGAAAGGACUUACACCAUAUAAUGCUAGUGUCUUUUCGACAGGCAAGACGGCGGCUAGUUUUACCAGCACCAGCCUUACGCCAGCCACCAAGACAGAGGUGGAGAUCAUCGAUGAGGAAGAUUUCAUGUUCUCGCACAUCAAAGAGAAAGGAUACGUCAAGAUUUCUACCAACCUGGGCGAUCUGAAUGUGGAGCUAUAUUGUGACAGGGCUCCCCGUACGUGUUAUAAUUUCUUUAUGCUGGCUCGAAAAGGUUACUAUGAUAAUACGGAGUUUCAUCGGCUCAUACCGGGUUUCAUGAUUCAGGGCGGUGAUCCCACAGGUACUGGAAAAGGCGGGGAGAGCUACUGGGGAAAGCCAUUCGGAGAUGAAUUUCAUUUGCGAAACGCCUACAAACACACUAGCCGAGGUAUGCUCAGUAUGGCAAAUCAUGGCAAAGAUACGAAUGGAUCUCAAUUUUUCAUCACAUUCCGCGAAACCCCCCAUCUGAACAACAAGCACACGGUCUUCGGAAGGGUAGUCGGAGGUGACAGCGUACUAGGAAAAUUUGAAUCGAUUCCGAUUGACCAAUUAACCGAUAAACCACUAAAGCUUCUGAAAAUCAACACCGUUCUGAUCUUCGAUGAUCCGUUUGAAAAGUACAAGGAAAGGCUCAGCAAACGGUUGCAGAAAGAAAAGAGCGAAUUUGAAGCUCUCGAAGAUAAGCUGAAACGCAAAGAAACAAGGGAAAAGGAUCGAAUUACUUGGUUUGGUACCAACCUGGGCGAUGUAGCUAAGAAGGAGCAAGCAGUCGGCGGCAACUCGACCGGCGGGUCGACCGUUGGUAAAUAUUUAAAUCAGAAUAACUCGCUCAAGACUAAUGGAGCCCAGAAACGACCUGGAGAACUGGCGGCUGUAAGCGAAGAAAUCGGAGUGAAGCAGGCGGCUAAGCGUCGGAAAGGAUUUGGAGAUCUCUCGGGUUGGUGA